AUGAUCAAGAAAAAAAUAAUGUUUCAUGAAGUAGCUAGCCAUUUCCAAUUUCCAUUUUCCCAUUUCCCUUUUCCCAUUUCCCUUUACCCUUUUCCCAUUUCCCUUUUCCCAUUUCUUUUUUCCCUUUUCCCAUUUCCCAUUUCCCUUUUCCCAUUUCUUUUUUCCCUUUUCCCAUUUCCCUUUUCCCAUUUCCCAUUUCCCUUUUCCGAUUUCCCUUUUCCCAUUUCCCAUUUCCCUUUUCCCAUUUCUUUUUUCCCAUUUCCCUUUUCCCAUUUCCCUUUUCCCAUUUCCCUUUUCCCAUUUCUUUUUUCCCAUUUCCCUUUUCCCAUUUCCCUUUUCCCAUUCCCCUUUUCCCAUUUCUUUUUCCCUUUUCCCAUUUCCCUUUUCCCAUUUCUUUUUUCCCUUUUCCCUUUUCCCAUUUCCCUUUUCCCUUUUCCCAUUUCCCUUUUGCCUUUUCUCAUUUCUUUUUUCCCUUUUCCCAUUUCCCUUUUCCCAUUUCCCAUUUCCCUUUUCCCAUUUCCCUUUUCCCAUUUCCCUUUUGCCUUUUCCCAUUUCCCUUUUCCCAUUUCUCAUUUCCCCUUUCCCUUUUUCCAUUUCCCAUUUCCCUUUUCCCAUUUCUUUUUUCCAUUUUCCCAUUUCCCAUUUGUCUUUUCCCAUUUCCCAUUUCUCUCUUUUCCCAUUUCCCUUUUCCCUUUUCCCAUUUCGCUUUUCCUACAAAAUUAUUGCACCAAAAUAAGACAGACAUAA